AUGCGCCCCCUGCUAAGCGGAUUCCAAGCCUUGAUGGGCGGUUCUUCCAAUGGCGCCUCUGCAGCAGGCCGCAUCUCGAAGCUCGUCGUCUUCUCCUACCUCGUCGACUGGGUUGUCAUUCUAUUGAUGGCUGCGCUGGGUCGCAUCUUCGCCGUCGCACAGCCCAACAGACACACGUUUAGCCUCCGCGAUCCUAACAUAUCGUACCCCUUUGCGACCAAGGAGACCGUGUCCGUUACCGUCCUCAUACUUGUCAGCUUGGUUGCGCCAGUCGCCCUGAUUGCGCUGCUCAGUCUCCUUUUCAUUCCAGGUCGAUCGGCGGCUGCGGGUGCGCCGAGCUCGUUGGUAUGGCGGCGCAAGCUGUGGGAGUGGAAUGCGGGAUGGAUGGGGCUCGGAGUGGCGUAUGCUUGCACCUAUGCGGCCACGGAGGGGAUGAAGGUGUUGUUUGGGAAGCCGAGGCCGGAUAUGCUGAGUAGAUGCGAUCCAGACCUGUCUGAUAUCGCCAGUCACGUCGUCAGUGGGCUCGGACAGAAGCUCGCCGGGGCGCCAGAGCUGGUUUCUUGGACGAUAUGUCGCAGUACGACUGAGACGACGCUGCGAGAUGGCUUUGUUAGCUUCCCCAGUGGGCAUGCAUCCAGCUCCUUCGCCGGUCUGGUCUACCUGACUCUCUGGGUGUGCUCAAAGAUGUUCAUUGCCUUCCCAAACCUCUCCCCUACCCUCUUCACUCGACACGUCCCGGCCGCAUCAUUCCACACGCGUCCGGAAGAUGACGAGACGAGCAACGACUCCCCUCUGUCUGACGCAGUCCCACUGCGCGAACAGGGUGCUGCGCCACCAACAUACCUCCUUCUCAUCGCCGCCGUACCCAUCUGUACAGCCGUAUUCAUCGCUAGCAGCCGGUGGGUAGACAACCGUCAUUUCGGCUUUGAUAUCCUGUUUGGCGCCGUGAUGGGCACAUUAUUCGCUUGGAUUGGCUUCCAUCUCUAUCAUCUCCCCCUUGCAUCGGGUGGCGGUUGGGCUUGGGGUCCAAGGAGCCGACAUCUCGCCUUCUUUGCGGGCGUUGGACACCCGACCUACGGAUGCGCCAUGGACGAGCACGAACACAGGAGAAGACAGGCACAGCAAGCCCUUCCUCGAUGA